UAUCUAUGUGUAUAUAUAUUUAUACACAUUUAAAGAAAACUGUUCGUUAUUUAAAUACUAAAAAUUUUCGUCUGUAUUAUUGCAAUAAAUUAUUUAUUUUCAGAUAAAAAUAAAUAUUUCUUUUAAUAAAUAUUUUUAAUCUGAUAUGACAAUAGAAAAUCAUCAAUAAAAUUUCUGUGUUAAUAUAAAAAGUGGAAAAUUACCAUUAAUGUCGCCUAUAUUUUCUAAAAAUGUAUCUUCAACUGAAUUAUUUUUUCGAACUGUAAAUGGAAGUAAAUUAAAGCUUAUUGAUAAAAGUGUCAAAACUAAAAAUGUUAUGAAAUUUGUUUUAUAUAAAAAUAUACAUUUGAAUGUGAAUAUAACUAUUCUUGUAUUACUUGGAACAAUAGUUUUAUGGAAGACAUUUAAUAUUUUCAUACCAUUUAUUGGAUGUGUACUAUUAUUAGUAUUGCAAUUUAUUUCUUUUAUUACUUCUGUAAACAAAGAUAUAUUAAUAGUGGUAGAAUCUGUUGGAAUAUAUAUUGAAGAAAGAAGAAUAUUUUAUGGUCUUAAUUCUUGUGAAUUUAUUCCUUGGGAUACAGUUGUGGAUAUAUUUAUUAAUGAAGUUAUAAUAGGGAAGAUGCCUGGAAUAUAUGUACGAAAAACUAGCUGGAUUGAUUGGACCCAAAAAAAAGAAAGUUUAACUUUAACAGUGCCUGGUUCAUAUUGGUUGUGUCAUAAGAAUAAUAUAUAUAAAUUUGUUUUUAAGUAUCAUCGUACAACUAGAAAUGAAAAACAAUUUAAUUUUGAAAAAGAAUUAAUGAAAAUUAUUAGAAGAAUUAUAAAAAAUCAACCUCCUCGAAAACAACAAUUUUGUACAAGAAACCUAUUAGUUACUUUCAAUCGUACAUCAUGGACUAGACAAGAUAAAAUAUUUGCAAUGAUGAAAUUGAAAAAACAAUCUCUUGUAGCAUUUUCUCAUGCAUUUAUAUUGACUAUAAAACUGUUCCAUUCUGUAGAAAUGGAACAAAAUUUAUGUAAAAUAACAUCUUUUCCUUCAAAUGAUACUUUAAUUUAUCAAAACGAAAAUUCAAACAAUAUACAUACAUAUAACAAUAAAAAUGAGAAAGAAGAUAAAAAAUGUUUAAUACAUUCUUCUAAAAAUGAUUAUUCAAAAAAAGAUAAUCAGUAUGAAAAUAUUUUUCAAUCAAAUAAUAAUAUAGUAAAUGAUAAUUUUAAAAAAUUAUCAGUAAAUGAAGAAUCGAAAAAACAAAUAAUGAACCGCGAAGAUACAAACAAAUUUUAUAAAAAUCAAAAUAUAUCAUUUGAGGAUAAUAAUCAAUUAUCAUUAGAAAAAAUUGAUAGAAAAAGCAAUGAAUUAUCAGAUGAUAAAAUAAAAUUAAAUAAGGAUAAUAUUCAAAAAAACUUUGUUGAAUAUAAAGAUGAUUUUAUAAAUAAUACUAAAAUGUUAAAUAAUAAUGGUACUUUUGAUGACAUUAAUGCAGAUUCUGCAAAUUUACCAUAUCAAUACUUAAUAGAAAAAGAAAUAGAAAAUGCAAAACGAAAUAUUAAAAAAUAUGGAUUAGAAGAAGUAAAUGAAAAAAAUACCACAAAUUAUAUACCUUCAAAUAUUAUGAAAAUGCAAGAGUCAUCUUGUCCUAAAAGGAGAAAAUAUGCAUUAAAUAAUGAAUCACGAUCUUCUGAUAUUACAGAUUUAGUAAUGGAGGGAUUAAUGUUUACAAUUCGUCAAGGGAAAGAUGCUGUAGCAGUUAUAGAACAAAAAACUAAAUUAGAAGUAGAUGAGGUAUUAGAAAAUUCUGAAAAAAUUGAAAUAAAAAAAGAUGAAAAAUGUUUACGAAAUUCUAGUUUGCUUGGUUUAGAAAAUUUAAUAACAAUGAUUGAAUUACCAAAAAAAAAUGAAUCUGAAAAUAAAUAUCAAAAUGUAAUUAAUCAAGAAUAUACUUUAAGAAAUAAAUCUAUAAAUAAACACAUAUUUAAUAAUAUAAAAUAUCCCUUAACAAAUAAUAAAAUUAAUGAACAAAAUAUUGCUGAAGUAGAACAUAUAAAAUGGAAUACUUGUAAUAACUCUAUUUUAGCUAGUACUAGUUUUUCAUACAAUAAUAAUAGCUUAGAUAUUACAAAUAAAUAUUGUUAUACUGAAACAUAUAAUGAUUAUAAAUGCAAAGAAGAUAUAAAUUUUAUUGUAAAUAAGAAUUUAAAAUAUAAAGAAGAAAAAGAAGAAGAAGAGGAAGACAUAAUACCUGAAGUGUUACAAGAUGCAAUUUUUCAACCUUCUGAUUUAUCUCAUAAAUUAGAUAAAUGUGAAGAUAAAUUACAAUUAAUAUCAAAUAAAGAUUUAUUAAUGGAUGAUAUUGACAAUGAAGAAUUGAAAUCUGAAAUAGGCAAGAAUGAAUUUAAUUUUCAUCUUAAUAAAAAUUCACACUCUAAAAUAUAUUUAAAAAAUGAUAAUCCAGAUUACAAUUCUUCUAUAAACUCUGUUCUAAAUGAAACACAAAAAUUAUGUAAUAAUACAAUAUAUGAAUCUACAUAUAAAGAUACACGCAAAUUAAGUGUUCCAGUAAUUAUUUCAAAUCAAGUUAUUACUCUGGAUCAAAUACCUUUACCUUUACAGAAAAUGCUUAAAAAUAGAUUAUCAAUGAAACAAAAUUCCUUAAAUAAUGAAAAUAAAAUAAAUAAAGAUAAUAUUGAGAGUUGCAAUAUACAAUUAUGUCAAGUAAAAAAUAAUGUCUCUAACAUAGAAGUAGAAAAUCGAAAUGCAAAUAGUAAUAUAUUAUCCAAACAUUAUCAAAAAUCUAUAAAAGAUAAUAAAGAAAUAUGUGAUAAAAAUAUUUUAUCUCCAAUAUUAAAAAAAGAAAUGAAAGAAAUAAAAUAUUCUGAUAUUGCAAAAAAUAAUGUAAAAAAAGAAUUACAAGAAGAAAAAAAUUAUAUUGAUAAAACAAAAUUGCCAUUAAUGAAAAUAAAGGAUAUAACACAAGAAUUUUAUAAAGAUCUUUCAUAUUUGCAAAAAAAGAAAAAUUUAACAAAUCAAAAGUAUCUCAGGUCAAGAAGGAAAUCAUUAAUAUUAAAUGAUACUCGUAAUGAUGAAAUGCAUAUACAAAUGGUUAAAUUUUUUCAAGAUAUUACAAGAGGUGCCAAGGUUGUUAUAAGGCGCAUAAAUAUAAAUAAAUAUUCAUGAUUUAAAUAUAAAAUAUUAGUAAAAUAUUAAUUUUUAAAAAUAGAAAUAUAAAAAACUUUAAAAUAUUUUAAUUUAUAAUUUUAACUGUACAUUUAGAAUUUUUUGUACAUGUAUUUCAUUUAAUAAAUAUAAAUAAUAAAUAAA